AUGGAGUCCACGGCGUCACCGAGGGCGCGGUACAAACAGCACCUACGCACACAGUCGGAGGAUUUCAGCAACGCCAAAUUCGGGCCGAACAGAAUCAUGGCCAGCCCAGAACGAGGCGCGGUUGACGAUGCCUACAGUCUGUGCUCGGACGAGUCUUCGAUAUGCAGCGCCGCGUCCACCGGGACGCGUGACGAAAGUAUCGACGAAGUGUAUAUUCGGGUGAAACAGCGCGAAGAACUUCAUCUUUGGCCACUGAAAGAAGAUCUGGCCGACUGGCUCAACACAAUCUUAGACACAGAGGACAUCACAGCCGACAACUUCAUGAGCAAGCUGGACAACGGUGUGGUAGUUUGCAAACUCGCGAGACUCAUACAGAUGAGGGCGCAGAUGAUUGAAGACGAAACCAAAACUAAGACAAAUAUCCCACCGUUCGACUUCAAGUGCUGGCCCGACGCGAAAAAAGGGAGUUUCUUCGCGAGGGACAAUACAGAAAACUUCCUCAAAUGGUGCCGAAAACUCCGAAUCAAUGAAGCCAUCAUGUUUGAGUCCGACGGUCUCGUUCUCCAUAGCCAGUCUAAAACGGUUCUGUUGUGUCUCCUCGAGCUCGGCAGAAUCGCCUCGAGGCUAGGCAUUGAAGCUCCGGGACUUGUCGAAUUGGAAAAAGAAAUCGAAAGAGAGGAGAAGCGCUUGAAGGACGAGGAGGAAGCCAGAAAAAGGGGAAGAGAGGGAUAGGCGAACGGAGAGAAACGAAAGGACGAACUUGAAGAAGCCAAACGACUCGAGGUGACCUCCCCGGAAUCCCGAGACAUCACACCGACGCCCGACGGAACGUCGAUCGCCAACUCUAUCGAAAGUCACGACAGUGGAGUCGACGAGGUCGAGACGGACAACCUCCGACGGACCCCCCUGCGAGGAUCUUCAAUUCUCGACGGAAAGAGUCUCCGUUCCGAGAGUGGCGACAGCAACCAAGAUAGUCUCGGCAGAUCGCUACAGAGCUCACCGAACGGCUCCGUUGGUGACCUGUCGAGAUGUUCGACUCCGUCUUCUACGGGCGGCGGAUCGUGCGAGAAAAAGAAUCGCACCUCGAAAAUUCCAAAGAGCUUCAUCCCGGUGUCGUCGGCGGCAUCGGCGAAGAAGUCGCCCGUCAACGGAGGAAAUUUCCGCGGCUUGAAGUUCGAACGCAGAGUCGCUUCCCGAGAUAAUCUCCACGCGAGCCAUCAAUCAAGCCCUAAGACAAAUGGCGAAGAGCAUAAAGAGAACGCGCGUACCAAUGGUUACAGUAAUUCGAGCAGACUGCAGUCAGCUCAAGCGGAUCUUGCGGAUAUCAGUUGCGCUUCUGAAGUCAUCGAAGAGGGCACCGAUGUCCUCGAUGCAAAGGUGAGACACAUCACGCGUUGCGUUGCUGAGAAAGCUCGCAGAAUCGUCGAGAAGCACGACGAACGACAUGAAACGCAGAAGAUCGUCGAAAGACAGGAGAUUCCCUUGGUGGAACGGGUAGCUGAAGGCAGAUACUGCAUAGGGGGUCGGAUCUAUUUUGUUCGAUUGCUGAAAGAGAAGCACGUCAUGAUCAGGGUGGGAGGUGGCUGGGACACCCUCGAGCAUUUCCUAAGCAGGCAUGACACCAUGAACGUGGUCUACAUGAAGAGGAACGUGCGCUCGAAAUCGCUCCAUAAUACCGCCACCUUGUACGAAGCAAGCACCCCCCUGAAGGUUAGUGCCGAUACACCAGCUGACGAUUGGCGGGGCUCAAAUUGGAGCAUGAGCUCGAUGAGUUCUCAGGCUAGGUCCGAAGUUGAUCGCAGUCUCACACCUAAACCAAAAGGCGAGUCACGCCCGAGGUAUCGCAGCGCGCAUUCUGCGCCUCUGCAGCGGACGCAGCCAUUCUUCACGCAGGCUGCGUCCUGCCGCUCUAGUGCCAUUUGUCUGUUCGAUACGAAAUGAGCUUGCCGAAAUGUUCGUUCUCACACCGCCAGCAGCUGCUUUGCAGGUGGCUAUAGUCUUGUAUAGCACCGAAGCAGAGCUAGUUGUAUUGUAUAGCAUUCGCUAUGCAACAGCCUCAUGAAAUAAUUAAUGAGAAUUUGCGAUCAUGCGUGGCUUGUGGACAGUCGUCAUCGACUGACGGGAUCGACGGACGGACUGAGCAACUUCAUCCGGAAUGCGAAACUAUAGGAUGUCCUCCGAGGACUUUCCGUUCUCGGCUCUCUUUAAAGCGAGACAAAUCAGAAAAACUCGAUGCCAAUGCGAGUAUGCACUGGCUAUGUAUCAUCGUUGAGCAAUCCUGCUGCACGGAUCCUGCCUUCCAUUACAUUAAAAUUAAGGAAAGAACCUUCAUAUAUUUCAUGUUGC